AUGAACACCUUACAAGAAUAUUUAAAUAAUCAAGCAAAUAAAGAACAAUUAAAAGAACUAGACCUCGCCCAAAUCCAGCAAGAACGAGAAAGUCAAGGAGUAACUGAGCUUUUGACGGGAGGAGCAUUAGACCUCCGUGAAUUUAAAGCUUUAGAAAGAGUAAAAAUUGACCCGCAAUUCUUAACUACUCCCUUAACCAAACUAGAAGUAGAUGAAGACUUAGGAAUUAGUCAAGAAUUCAGCAAAAAAAGAGUAGUUCAAGAAAUUCAGCACUUAGCCGAGUUAAAAGGAGCUAAGGAACUAGAAAAUAAUCCGGAUGAAGAAAAAGUUAAAGAAUUAACCUUUAAAAUUUUAAUUGGGUGUGGUGUCGAUGCUGAUCUCUUUUCGCAGCACUACACCCUGCAAAUCAAUUAUCACCCUAAUUCUCCUUUAAAAGAGAAAAUUAAUGAAUUAAUUACUACGGUUCCUUUACAGUUACAAAAUGAAGAACUAAAAAAGGAGAAAGAGCAAUUACCUACUACCGAGAACUUUGACCGAAUUACUAAACAAAAUCAAGCUUGGGAAAGUUAUGUCCAAGAUGUAGUGGAUGAAGCAGAAUUUAAUCACGCAAAAAGCAAAAUUAGCCAAAUAAAAUAA